AUGAACCAACCAAAACGUGGAAUGACCCAAAUGGAAAACCACACGGCGCAGCUGGAACUGUCGCUAUCGAAAGUGGAACUGGAGCUGGCGGAGGCAAAUUUGGUCCCGGAUCUAGAUUUCGAUUUGGAGAAACAGCAACUUAGAGGUGACGUUGAGGAAGUUUACAAAGUUGAGAGAAGCAAUGACGCCAACAACGUGGUUUAUCUUUUCCGGUUGAUUUUGGUGAUUGCGGUUGUUGUCGUUUAUCUUUACGUGACGAGAUUUGGAGCUUGA